UUCUUUUUCGACAGUCUCAUGAGAUAGUCACACUGUAAUCUGGGUAAUAAAUCAAGUAAUAAUUAAUGAGUUGGUUUUGUUAUAGGAUUCUGGACUGUAGUCAGCUGUAUCAAUCAAGAUGAUGGUCACAAGUGUUGCUCCAGUUAAUAUAGCUGUUAUUAAAUAUUGGGGAAAAAGAGAUGAAGAUCUGAUUCUACCCAUUAAUGAUUCUCUGAGCGGUACACUCAGUGUAGAUGCAAUGUGUACCAAAACUACGAUUUUAGCUAGCUCUACAUUGAAAGAGAACAUAUUUUUGUUAAACGGGAAAAAGCAAUCCUUUGAAAACCCAAGGUUGCUGAAUUGUUUACAAGAAAUCCGAAGUAGGGCAAAUCCAGGGUUACCUCAGCUGAACUGGAACCUCAGCAUAUGUUCGGAAAAUAAUUUUCCAACGGCAGCUGGAUUAGCAUCUUCUGCAGCAGGUUAUGCCUGUCUUGUACAUGCUCUAGCAGCUCUCUUUCAAAUCGAAGGUGACAUUUCUGCUAUUGCGAGAAGGGGGUCUGGCAGUGCAUGUAGGAGUAUUUUUGGAGGAUGGGUUCAGUGGUGUAUGGGAUCCAGCCCAACAGGCGAAGAUUCCAUAGCAAGGCCGAUAGCUCCAGCGUCGCAUUGGCCCGAAAUGAGGGUUCUGAUUCUAGUAGUAGACGACCAGAAAAAAAAAUACAGUUCAACGACCGGUAUGCAGCGAAGCGUAGAAACAUCAAAGCUUCUGGAGUAUAGAGCUACCGAAAUUGUACCCAAGAAAAUCGAGGCUAUGAAGGAAGCAAUACUGAUGAAAGAUUUUGAAAAAUUUGCUCGAAUUACGAUGGAGGAUUCUAAUCAGUUUCAUGCUGUUUGUCUAGAUACGUUUCCACCUUGUGUAUACAUGAACGACACUUCUCAUGCAAUCGUUAAUAUGGUUCACACUUACAACAAAUUCAAAAACUCGUCUAAGGUAGCUUAUACAUUUGAUGCUGGUCCGAAUGCAUGUUUGUAUUUGCUUGACUCUGUAGUAGAUGAAAUUUUUUCUGUGAUCAACUACGUUUUUCCCCCAGUGACUUCUCAUCAGGCAGAUUAUAUUACCGGAAUACCCAUAACUCGGGAACCAAUUUCAGAGGAGUUGAAAUCAGUAUUUGAGCAUAACGUGUUGGAUAAAUAUGGAGCACUCAGAUAUCUGAUACAUACGACCAUAGGAGAUGGUCCUAAGACUUUGAACAAUCCAGAUGAUCAUUUACUAAAUUUGAAUGGUUUACCAAAGAGAUCAUACGAUGAUUAACGCUCUGGUGUUUAGAAUAUGCACGUAGUAAAACUUUAUUUAUCAAAAUAAUAAUUGAAGGGUUCGAUCAAAGCAAGAAAAAUUUGGGAAAACCUGUAGCAGCAUGUUGCUGUAAAAAAAGUUUCCCGGAAAUCCAUCAUGUAAGAUAGUAUUCUGGUCAAGCUUGAUAAACUAUUUUCUUGAAUAUUUAUCCUUCUCCAACUUUCCCUGAGCAACAGGGAACAAAUAUUUUGAUUUCAAAACAACAAAGUUGUGAAAAAUGCUUGGAGUAACAAUUGAAACUUCAAUUUCUUCAAAAUACAAAAUUGAAAAUUCCUUCAGAGGAUAAAUGGAUUGUAACUUUCCUCAGUUCCAAUCAUUGACAGAGGGGGUUUGUCAGUUGUCAAAAAUGAAGUAAGCAGUACUUUCCAAGUAUUGUUUUUAUAGUUGAUAGAAGUUAUAAGUAAUGUUUAUAUUAUAAGUGACAAUUCGUUAUAACAAUUUAUUUACGGUAGUCACGUUUUUCUGAAAGUUCAUAAAACAAUGACUAGUGGUGGUGACGUUUGGGGAAUUUUAUCUAAAUUCUAGGUCGAAUAAACUCUGAAUUGUACUAAUAAUUUGAAAAAUAAAAGAAUUGGAGAAAUUUC